CGUAUCUCUACGCAGAGUCGAAGGGCUAUAUGAAUGAUCCCAGGUUGGACUGAGAAAAUAACAAAAAAAUCCUCAAAAACAGAAAAUAUAGAAGUUCUAUGUUGCCCUCAUGUUAGAUUUAAUCAACGGUCUCAACAUCUUCCUUCACAUCCAGCAUAUGAUCAAAUGGUCUAAAAUGAACCAACCGCAAUAAGCUAGGGUUGUUCAUACUCCACUACAAUAUUUUUCUUUUGCAACAAACCAAGUCUUUGAUAAACACCGAUUCUCUUUCUCUCUCUAAAACCUUCUCUUUCCUCUUCUGCAGUUUGAUUUUUUGUGUGCAGAAAUGGUGAAGGGUCCUGGACUUUACUCCGAUAUCGGCAAAAAAGCUAGAGAUCUUCUGUACAGGGACUAUGUCAGUGACCACAAGUUCACCGUUACUACGUACAGCACAACCGGAGUGGCUAUCACCUCAUCUGGUCUGAAGAAGGGUGAAUUAUUCUUGGCAGAUGUUAGCACCCAGUUGAAGAACAAGAACAUUACCACUGAUGUAAAAGUGGACACCAAUUCCAAUGUCUACACUACCAUCACUGUUGAUGAACCUGCACCAGGGCUCAAGACAAUUGUCAGCUUUGUCAUACCAGAUCAGAAAUCUGGAAAGGUAGAGCUCCAGUACUUGCAUGAGUAUGCCGGGAUCAACACUAGCAUUGGACUCACAGCAAGUCCUCUUGUCAACUUCUCAGGCGUUGCUGGCAACAAUACCGUUGCUUUGGGCACUGAUCUAUCAUUUGACACUGCCACAGGCAAUUUCACAAAAUGCAAUGCUGGUCUGAGUUUUUGUACUGCUGAUCUGAUUGCUUCCUUAGCAUUGAAUGACAAGGGUGAUACCAUCAGUGCUUCCUACUACCACACGGUGAAGCCAGUGACAAAUACAGCUGUUGGUGCAGAGUUGACUCACAGCUUCUCAGGCAACGAGAACACACUGACCAUUGGAACACAGCAUUUGUUGGACCCAUUGACCACGGUGAAGGCUCGCGUUAACAGCUAUGGUAAGGCAAGUGCUCUCAUCCAACACGAGUGGCGACCAAAAUCCCUCUUCACAAUAUCUGGUGAAGUGGACACCAGGGCAAUUGAAAAGAGCGCCAAGAUUGGGUUGGCUGUAGCCCUCAAGCCAUGAGUCUGUUAGUACCUUACAGAAAUGUGAGUGAAACGGUGUCUGUUUUGUAUGAUCCAGAGUAAUAAAUUAGAUAGAUUUGCUUCAGCGCAUUAUCCUUCUGCGCCAGGGAGAAUAAUCUUCAGCUGGUAAUGCAAACUCAUGAUUUUUUGCUUAUAUGCAUCCUUAGUGUUCAUUGAGGCACAGGUUUUAACCUUUUACCCGAGCUUCCUCAUUCACGUAAUUGAUUAAUCUUUCUUUGAUCAUUAUUUAUUGUAUGAAUAUUCUGACAUUGUGUUGUUAGAUGAGUAUAAAAGGCUCUUGAAAGAGAGCUGCCUGCCUUUCUUCUUUUCUUAA